AGUCGCGUCUAGUCGAUCGUGCGGUUGUAAUCGUGUGAUAACGCUCCUUCCCGAUCUCGUUUCUUUUGCGUAGGGAAAAGAAAACGUCGGCGGGAUCGCGCGCGUAAAGCGUUUCGUCGUAAGCGAAGAUAAAGUGGCCUGCAGUUAGUCGAGGACAAAUCAUCGUGAGCAAUUGUGAAUAUACGAGAUGAGCACGCCAGUGAAGAAGGUGCCCAUUCAUCUGCAGAGCGCGCAGAACAGAUUGCUGAUUAAAAACGGCAAGGUUGUCAACGACGACGGGAUCAUCGAUAGCGAUGUCUACAUCGAGGAUGGCAUCAUCAGACAAAUGGGACGCAAUCUCAUUAUACCGGGCGGCACGAGGACCAUCGAUGCGCGUGGAAGAUACGUGAUGCCCGGCGGCAUAGAUCCGCACACGCAUUUUGAGAUGGAGUUUAUGGAUUCCAAGUCGGUGGAUGAUUUUUACCAGGGCACGAAAGCCGCCGUCGCCGGCGGUACGACGAUGAUCAUCGACUUUGUGAUACCGCGGAAGGACGAGAGCCUUGUGGAGGCUUACGACAGAUACAGGGAAACGGCGGAUCAAAAAGUAUGCUGCGAUUACGGACUGCACGUCGCCGUCACCUCCUGGAAUCCGAAGGUCAAAGAAGACAUGGCGACACUGGCGAAGGAUCACGGCGUCGGCAGUUUCAAGAUGUUUAUGGCGUACCGGGACAUAUUCAUGCUCAGAGACCCGGAGCUGAUCGAGGCGUUCAAGGCUUGCAAGGACAUCGGCGCCGUCGCUAUGGUGCACGCGGAGAACGGCGAUAUUAUCGCAGAGAAUGCGAAGAAACUGCUGGCCGCAGGAGUCACCGGGCCGGAGGGCCACGAGAUGUCACGGCCCGAAGAAGUCGAGGCGGAGGCUGUGAAUAGAGCGUGCAUUAUCGCGAAUCAGGUGAAUAGUCCGCUGUAUGUAACGGCGAUCACGAGCAAGUCGGCCGCCGACGUCGUGUCGGCGAAGCGAUCUGAUGGUGUCGUCGUUUUCGGAGAAACCCUGGCGAGCGCCGUCGGCAUCGACGGUAGCGAGCAAUAUGGCAAAGAUAUGGGAAGAGCGAGGCGUUUUAUUACUAACCCGCCGUUGCGGCCUGAUCCAACGACACCUGCGUAUUUAACCGAACACCUGGCUCAAGAUAAUCUCCAAGUGAUCGGUAGCGAUAAUUGCACGUUCAACGCUGAGCAGAAGGCGUUGGGCAAGGAUGACUUCACGAAGAUCCCGAACGGCGUGAACGGCGUCGAGGAUAGGAUGUCGGUGCUUUGGGAGAAGGGCGUACACGCUGGCAUAAUGGACCCCACGCGAUUCGUCGCCGUCACCAGCACGAACGCCGCUAGGAUCUUCAAUCUGUAUCCCCGAAAGGGCGUCAUAGCCAUCGGCUCGGACGCCGAUAUUGUCGUCUGGGACCCCAACAGGAAGCGCACCAUUUCCGCCGAGACUCACGUUCAGGCCGUUGACUUCAACAUCUUCGAGGGCACGGAAGUCACUGGUGUACCUGAAUAUGUAAUCGUCAACGGACGCGUGUGCGUGGACGAGUGCGAGCUGAAAGCUGUUCACGGAUUCGGCAAAUACGUGAACUCGGAGCCAUUCGGCGCUUACGUAUAUGACAUAAUAAACGAGAAGGAAAAGAUACCGCGCGGAGUUGCACGAACGGAAGCAGAGGCGAAAAGAUUCGCCGAGGAAGACGCCGCGAUCGCGAGAGCUAGGGAAGCAUCAAGAGCGGCUGCGGCCGCUGCCGCGGCGCGCAAUCAGAACGGUUCGAUUCACAGUCCGAAGAUAAAACUGCCAGCUACCAGCUUCCUACCCACCUUGCCGGAUUCCGCCGUGGUGACGCCGUCCACGAGAGGCCCGAGACUCGAAGGGCAGAGAAAUCUGCAGGACACUACUUUCUCCAUCAGCGAGGACAUCGACGAAGGACGAAGGGCAUGCAUUCGCGUGAACAAUCCACCGGGCGGCCGCAGUGCAGGAGGCUUUUGGAGACAGGAAGAAUGAACGGGACGACGACGAUUCCUACAAGUACAAUGUUUAUUAAUAAUAAGUGAUGUACAUAAAUUACAGUGUAAAGAAAUACUGGACGGAUCGUAUCCCCGGCCCGUUGACACACAUAUUAUAAAUAUCGAGAGCUAAGAGGCUCCGAUUGAUCAUUGAAAAGAAGUAAAGGGGAGAUAACGCGUACAGCUACGUUUACAUUUAUACAUUGUGAAUCCUCGUGAAAAAUAUAUACGCCGCGAUUUCUCUCAACUGCUGUAUUCUAAAGAGCGUUUUCAACACGACUGCGAUAUCGUAGUUUAACAAUAAAUAAAGGAGCGUGAAGGGAAUACAUCUGCGACAGAAGAAUUAACAAAAGCUUGUACUGCUUGUCCGCGAUUAUUAUAUUGCUUAUUGACUUCGUGGUCGACUAGUUAUUAUUUCGUUUAAGUCAACACUUUGAUACGGGUUGCGAGAUUUGGAAGAUGGUUUAAAUACACGAUAAUAAAUAAUGCAAGUCACAAGAAAUAAUGGUAAAUCUUUUAUGCUUGUACCUUUUCCAUUUUUUUAUACCAAAAAUUUUUAAUUAGAAAUAUAUUGAUGUUAAUGAAAGGAAGACAGAAUUAAUUGUACAAAAAAAAACAUUUCCCAUUUGCUGAAGAAAUUACAAAUACUAUUUGCGAUAAAAUUUAUAAAAAUUUCUUUCUUUUAUAAGAUAAAUGAGAUUGAAUGAAAUAAAUCGAAAGUAUUAUAAAUCCUGUUUUUAUCUCUCAUUUCUUUUAUAUUUUUUCUUCUUUUAGCACAUUUCCUUCAAUUACCGUUUGUACAAGCUUAUUUACAGUAAUACAUACAAAAUGCAUGCGACGACACGUACAAGCGGGAUCAGGAGAAAGAAUUGUCUCAAUAAAAGCUAUUGAUAAAAAAAAAAAGAGAAUAUACAAUAAACAUGAAAGUGUAUUGUAAUAGCAAGAAACCGCUUCUCCUUUCCUGCAUAUUUUCCCACAAGAUUCUUAUCAAGAGCCUUUAUCGAAUCCGUAGAACUUAUUCUCACUCCUCUAAUGAAGCUCCCAAGGACAAAGGACAAACACACAACUUUGCUGUAGCUUCAAUGAAAAUAUAAUGUAAGUAUUAUCCCAAUUAAUUUAACCGCUUGAGUUCAGGUAUGAUACGUAAAAUAUCGUUUCACACUCGGUGUAUAACUUGCAUUGCUUUAUUUAUAUAUAUAUUUAUAUAUAUUAGGUUGGUACAAAUGAAAUGGCCGUUUUUUAAUUUACUUUAGUGAUAAACUUUAGACUUUUAUUUGACAAAUUUAAAAUUUGUUUUAUUAAUCGAAAUAGUCUCCAUCUACUUCAAUGCACUUUUGCCAACAUACAAGUGCCAUUCUUAAAGAAAUCUGAAGAACGAGAGUCGAUGAAUUCGUGGAAUGCAUUUUUUACAAGUUUUUCUUCUUGAAAAAUUUUCCCAGUUAAAAACCCAUCCAGAUGCUUAAAUAGAUGGUAAUCUGUUGGUGAAAUGUCUGGAGAAUAAAGAGGAUGAGGAAGAACUUCGAACUUCAACUCGUCUAGUUUUUUUACGGUUUUUUUCGCAAUGUGUGGUCUAAACGUUUCAUCUUUUCCUUUUCUAUCAGUUCACGGGGAACCCAUUUAUCCAACUUUUUUACUUUUCCCAUGGCUUUUAAAUGUCGAACGACAGUUGAAUGAUGGAUACUGAGUCUUUCUGCAAUUUCUCGAACCGUUGUUCUCGGAUUUGCUUCAAUCGUAUUCAUUCAAAACGGCGUUGUCAAUGACAGUGGGUGCAUGGUAAAGUGUCGAGAUUUGUGUCUCCAGACCGAAACUUUUUGAACCAACACCUCGUCGUCCUUUCAUUGGCAGAACCUUCGCCAAAAGUAGUAUUAAUGUUUUGCGUUGCCUCAGCCGCACUAUGACCGAGUUUGAACUCAUAUAAAUAAAUUAAACGAAUCUCUUUAUUUUCCAUGUUGCCUUUAAUGCGAACUUCAAUAAUUAAUACUGUAGUAAAUAAGUAAUAAAGUUAUGUAUACAAAUUCACACUUAAGACAUAUAUUUGUCAAAUGGUAUACAUACAGCACUAUCUGAGUAAAGAAAGAUGAACUACAAAGGCGGAAAGUUUAAAAUACGAAAAACGGCUAUUUCAUUUGCACCAACCUAAUAUAUAUAAUAGAUAUUUUCUAACGGAAAGAUACCCGAUCUCAGUGGGUUAACGCUCCAUCAUAUCAUAUAAUUCUGCGUAAAAAAUAAUGCGUAUAUAAUAUAUAUAUAUGUAUAUAUAUAUAUAUAUCUUCAUUCUGCCAUUAUAUAAACUAUAGCUAAAUUUGGUUAGUCGAUAAAUACAGAAAGAUAUCAUAUGUGAUGGUACAAUCGAUUAUCAAAAAGUACAGCGUAUUAGAAACUAAUUCGGUAACUCUCAACCACGUUAAGAGCCAGACUAACAAUCGUCAUUAUCGAUUCUCUCACCUCGGAUAAGCGCGAAAUUCGUGAUUUAUCGAAUGCCUUAAAGUAUCUGUGGUUGAUAGUCACGAAUACCUGACAGUCCCUAAACAGAUCUCAUUGUCGGACGGAGUGCUUACAUCAUUAAUGAAUUUUAUAACGUGGUCGCGAAAUAUAUAUAUCUUAACUUUCGUACGAAAAUGCCUGACAACAAUUAUAUUACGUAGGGAACUAGUUUCCCUCAACAAUAUAAUUUACUUCGCCGUAUCGUCAUUGCGCUUCUCUACUUCUGACUGCCAGCCAAUCACAUUGUUCUAUCUGCGAUAACGAUACGGCUGUGCGUGAUAACGAUAAAGGAGACUCGACGGAAUAAUCAAUCUGCCUUCGGAAAUAAAAAUUAUUAUGAAUAUUCACAUUAUAAACGAAUUAUUGCUAACUCAUUGAGAACGUAAUUAACUCUACGAACAGCGAUCGUGCGGUUUAGACUGCAAUGUUGCGGGCCGUGUGUGAGGCUGAGAUAAAGACGCGGUCUCGUAAGGAAUGCGAGAGCAAUAUACUUGUAGAGAAAAAGCAAGAUUCAUCCGCGUCACUCUAAACGAUAUAUCAGAAUAAUUGCGAUGCGAAGAACUUAAAAGUACCACGCCCCGUUGCAAUCAUGUGAAUGGCUCAGUUACGUAAUAUUUACCCGCACUUCUGUAUAUGUA